AUGGCCAGGUCAUCAAGUGUUGCACUUCUCGACUGUAUACCAAAGGAGACGUACCGACGAUGGGCGUGCAGCACGAUGGUGCCGCUUUGGGUGGAGGAGGGGAUGGAAGAGGGAGCGGAAGAGGGCGGGAGGUCGCGUCGGACGCCGGCGGAGCACGCGGCGCGCUGGCACGCCAGGCACCUGGAGCGCGUGGGGCACCUGGACCGGCGGCGCGGCGGCGGAGUGGUGGGUCGCUGGGUGCGCGCCGCGGCCGCCGGACCAGGUCGGCCCCUCGUCCGCCUCAAGCCCUGCCUGUCCGUGUGCCAGCUUGUCGAGCAACACUGCCCUUACUUCCUGCCGGCGGACCGCGCGCCCGCCUACCCCACGCAGUACGCUGGCGAGCCCACGUUUCUAUGCCUCGACGCGCGCAUACCGGAAACCGGUGCGCAGGCGAACAAAUCUAACUACGGGUCAGACGAGUGCUGCUACUGGUACUGUGAAGGUCGGCUGUGCUAUCGCUGCGAGUCACGGCUGACCGAACCUUCGCGCCCGCCAGCCGAGCAAUGUCCACAGGUGGAAGACCGGGCGCCCAGUUGCUCGGUACCUUACCAAGUCGGCGCGGCCACCACUACAAUACCAUGUGCCGCGUUACUGGUAGCCACUCUUCUCGUGCCGCUUAUAACAAUCCUCGUGCCGUCACGGACCCGUUGGACGGCGCUCACACUAGUGAAUGUGCGCGACUCGAGGUUAUAG